CCCCCCCCCACACACACACAAACAAACAAACACACACUUCACAAUGAUGGGUUUCAUCAGUAUGUUGUUGGGAUUUUCUGGUUUUAGAAUUGGAGUUUCUGCUGGGCACAUCAUUGGUUAUUAUCUGUUCAUCUACUUUCAACCCACAUAUGUCUAGCCAUUGUGCCACCUCUUCUCCUCCUGAAACGAACCACCACACCAUUCUCACUGUCAUCUCCACAAUCAGUCAAUCACCAAAAUUCUUCAAACCCUAGAAAUCAUCUGAAGAUCACAUCCUCAAAGAUCUCAUCGCAUCAGACUUUAUGAUUCCUGAAAAGAGAUUAGCUGGAGGAGAGGAAGUAGUAGAUGAAUCUUUGAUCAAGAGGACUAAAAGUGACACAGGGUCUUCUUCAACUGUAGCAACCAUGGGUGGGGUAAACAACCCUAACGGUACCACCAAUGAGAAAUCAGAUAUUGAUGAGGAUCUCCAUAGCCGACAGCUUGCAGUUUAUGGUCGGGAAACUAUGAGGCGCUUAUUUGCAUCCAAUGUUCUAGUCUCUGGGAUGCAGGGACUUGGUGCUGAAAUCGCAAAAAACCUUAUCCUUGCUGGUGUCAAGUCUGUGACAUUGCAUGAUGAAGGAACCAUCGAGUUGUGGGAUUUAUCUAGCAAUUUCAUUUUUACGGAGGAUGACAUGGGAAAGAACAGAGCUCUUGCUUCUCUCAACAAAAUGCAAGAACUGAACAGUUCUGUUGUCAUCUCUACAUUAACAACUGAGUUAACUACAGAGGACCUCUCUGAGUUUCAGGCUGUAGUAUUCACAGAUAUCAGUUUGGAGAAAGCAAUCGAAUUCGACAACUUUUGCCAUAGACAUGAGCCUCCAAUCGCUUUUAUAAAAUCGGAAGUACGUGGACUUUUCGGUAGCGUGUUUUGUGACUUCGGUCCUAAAUUCACUGUUUCCGAUUUAGACGGAGAGGAUCCACACACAGGCAUUAUUGCAUCCAUAAGCAAUGACAACCCUCCACUUGUCACAUUCAUUGACGAUGAACGGCUAGAGUUUCAAGACGGAGAUCUAGUUACAUUCUCUGAGGUUCAGGGGAUGUCAGAGCUAAAUGACGGGAAGCCAAGAAAGGUGAUAAAUGCAAAACCGUAUUCAUUCAGCAUUGAAGAAGAUACCACAAGUUACGGUGAAUAUAAGAGAGGAGGAAUUGUCACUGAGUUAAAGCAACCAAAGGUGUUGCAAUUUAAGCCACUGGAAGAAGCACUGAAAGAUCCUGGUGAAUUUCUUCUCAGUGAUUUUUCAAAAUUUGACCGCCCUCUGCUCUUGCAUCUGUUAUUUCAAGCACUGGAUAAGUUUGUAUCGGAGUUGCGGAGAUAUCCUGUUGCUGGAUCUGAAACAGAUGCUCAGAAAUUGAUUUCUUUGGUUUUUAGUAUGCUGAAAGAUGGAAAUAUUGAUCGGGUUGAUGAGAAAAUUGUUAGAAACUUUGCGUUCGGUGCAAGGGCUGUGUUGAACCCCAUGGCAGCCAUGUUUGGGGGUAUUGUUGGACAGGAAGUUGUUAAGGCUUGUUCUGGAAAGUUUCAUCCACUACUUCAGUUUUUCUAUUUUGACUCUCUCGAGUCUCUUCCUGUUGAGCCCUUGGAUCCCGAUGACUUGAAGCCCUUGAAUAGCCGUUACGAUGCUCAGAUCUCAGUCUUUGGUGCUAAGCUGCAGAAACAAUUAGAGGAAGCUAAAGUUUUCGUUGUAGGAUCAGGAGCACUAGGCUGCGAGUUUUUGAAAAAUUUAGCCUUAAUGGGUGUUUCUUGCGGUAACGGAGGAAAGCUAACAAUUACCGAUGAUGACGUUAUUGAAAAAAGCAACCUUAGUAGACAGUUCCUUUUUCGAGAUUGUAACAUUGGUCAAGCUAAGUCAACCGUUGCAGCAACUGCUGCCACCUUGAUAAACCCAAAUUUUCAUAUUGAAGCACUUCAAAAUCGUGCCAGCCCCGAUACUGAAAAUGUGUUUGACGACACUUUCUGGGAGGAUCUUAGUGUUGUAAUCAACGCUCUUGACAAUGUGAAUGCAAGGCUCUAUAUCGAUCAGAGGUGUUUGUAUUUUCAAAAACCGCUUUUAGAGUCUGGAACUUUAGGUGCCCUGUGUAACACACAGAUGGUCAUUCCUCACUUGACUGAGAACUAUGGUGCCUCCCAGGACCCACAAGAGAAAGGCACGCCAAUGUGUACUGUUCAUUCUUUCCCGCACAACAUUGACCACUGUUUGACUUGGGCUAGGUCAGAGUUUGAAGAAUUGCUUGAGAAGACACCAGCUGAAGCAAAUGCUUAUCUGUUGAACCCAAGUGAAUAUAUUUCUGGUAUGGAAAAAGCUGGUGAUGCACAGGCAAGGGAUAAACUGGAACGUGUGCUUGAAUGCCUAGAGACUGAGCGAUGUGAAUCAUUUAUAGACUGCAUAACUUGGGCCCGCCUAAAGUUUGAAGAUUACUUUGCUAACCGUGUGAAACAACUCACCUUCACUUUCCCAGAGGAUGCUGUUAACACUAGUGGGGCACCUUUUUGGUCUGCCCCAAAACGUUUCCCGCGCCCCUUGCAGUUUUCUGUUGAAGACCAAAGCCACCUUAACUUUGUUAUGGCAGCAUCCAUUUUACAAGCAGAGACUUAUGGCAUUCCAAUUCCCAAGUGGGUCAAGUCUCAUGCAAAGUUUGCUGAUGCUGUUAGUGAAGUCGCGGUCCCUGAUUUCGAGCCCAAGGAGGGUGUGAAGAUUGUAACCGAUGAUAAAGACACUGAUAUGUCCACUGUAUUCAUUGAUGACUCUGUUGUAAUAAAUGAAUUGGUCAACAGGUUAAAAUUGUGCUACAAGAACCUACCACAAGGCUUCAGGAUGAACCCGAUUCGGUUUGAAAAGGAUGAUGACACCAAUUAUCACAUGGACCUAAUAGCGGGACUAGCCAAUAUGAGAGCUCGGAAUUACAGCAUCCCUGAAGUUGACAAGCUCAAGGCCAAGUUCAUUGCUGGCCGGAUCAUCCCCGCCAUAGCAACCACAACCGCCAUGGCCACCGGUUUUGUCUGCCUGGAGCUCUACAAGGUCCUGAACGGAGGUCACAAAGUAGAGGACUAUAGGAACACCUAUGUCAACCUGGCAACCCCUCUAUUCUCCAUGGCUGAACCUGUUCCGCCAAAGGUGAUCAAACACCAGGACCUGAGCUGGACUGUUUGGGACCGUUGGAUCCUCAGAGAUGACCCGACAUUAGGAGAGCUUCUUCAAUGGCUAGAAAGUAAAGGACUGAAAGUUUUCAUUAUAUCUUUUGGGAGCUAUUUUCUUUAUAACAGAAUGGGUUCGAGUCAUGGAGAUAGGAUGGAUAAGAAGAUGGUGAGUUUAGCUAAAGAAGUGGCCAAAGCCGAUCUCCCUGCAUACAGACGACAUUUUGAUGUGGUGGUGAACUGUGAUGACAGUGAUGGCAAUAAUGUUGAUAUUCCUCAGAUCUCGAUAUACUUCAGGUAGAUUGUCUCGUGAUAUCGUUUUAAUUUGUCACUAGAGUCGUGAUUCCAGUUUCUAGUCAUGUAUCGCGGUUUAUUGUUGAUCUUAAGCAGCAGAGUUUGUUACAUUUUAUGGUAAAAACCUAGUACACCAAGGUGUUAUUACAAGAGUAUGCUAGAAACAUAUUUCAGCAUAAUGCAUUCAUGUUCUCGUAA